AUGCCUCUUAAGGAGCAACAAUUAAUGAAUCAGUCUUCUUUGUCAGAAUUUCUUCUCCUGGAAUUCUCAAAUGUUCGGAAGUUCCAGAUACUACAUUUCAUUGCGUUCUUCAUCUUCUACCUGGUAGCAGCUGCAGGAAAUCUUCUCAUCAUUGUCGCAGUAGCAUCUGACCACCAUCUGCAUAACCCUAUGUACCUCUUUCUGAUGAAUUUGUCCAUACAAGAUGUGGGGCAGAUUUCAGUAAUCAUUCCCAAAUCCAUGACUAAUUCCCUUAUGAAUGACCGGCACAUUUCUUAUUCUGGAUGUGUAGCUCAAGUCCUUUUCUAUAUUUUGUUUUUAUCAUCCGAUUUCUUUCUUCUAACAAUUAUGGCAUAUGAUCGAUAUGUUGCCAUUUGCAAUCCAUUGCAAUAUGAGAUGGUGAUGAACACACAUGCCUGCUUUCGGAUGGUAAUUGCUGUGUGGAUCAGCAGCUUAUGCUAUGCGAUUUUACACACUGGGGGCACCUUCACACCCUGCUUUUGCUCCAAUGUUGUCAAUCAGUUUUUCUGUGAAAUCCCACAGUUACUGAAGUUGACCUGCUCUGAUGUAUACCUUUUUGAAACUGGAGUAGUUUUAUUAGGAGUACUUGUUGGGGUAGGAUGCUUUGUUUUUAUUGUAGUGACCUAUGUGCACAUCUUCAUUGCAGUGCUGAAAAUCGCUGUUAUCCAGAGAAGGCAAAAAGUUUUCUCAACCUGUAUUCCCCAUCUCCUUGUUUUUUCCAUAUUUAUAUCCACUGGUGGUUUCUCAUACCUUAGAGCCACCUCUGGUUCCUCAUCAUCUUUUGACUUGGUCCUGUCCAUGAUCUAUUCUAUGGUUCCACCGUUAAUGAAUCCAGUAGUUUAUGCAAUGAGGAACAAAGAUAUUAAAAAUGCUCUAUCUAAGCUAAUGGGACUGAGGGACACAGGCGCUGACGUAUCUUUGGUGCGCCCUCAUGUAGUUGAAAAAGAUCAGAUAGUGCCAGGAAAGAAGUGGACACUAAAAGGAAUAACUGGUCCCAGCUUUGAAGUAGAUGUGGCAGAAAUCCCAGUCAAAUACCACAAGGCUUUUUGUGGUAGAUGGAGAGUAGGGAUCCUGUCAGACUUGGAGGUCCCUGUGUUAAUAGGGAAUGAUCUGUCAGAACAUACGCUGAAGACUAGAAGCCAGGCAGAAAGAGCGGGAAUUUCUGAGGAGGGAAAAAUCACCUCAGAAAUGGCUCAUAGCUCUGACUGUAACAACGCAGAAGAGUUCCCUGUAAUGUUGCCAUCUAGUCAGCCAGCUGAGUUCCUGAGGGAACAGCAACAUGCUGAAGAUUUAAAGGGCCUGUGGGAAUCAGUAGAAACUGAAGAGACUGAACCCACUGAAUCCAAGCCAGUGAUCUUCAAGAGUAUAGAUAACAAGUUGUUCAGGAUAGUGAGACAUCAAAAGGGCCCAGGGCUGUAUGAGGUAGUUACACAGCUAGUAAUACCUCCAAAAUACAGGGAAAAGAUCCUGAAAAUGGCCCAUGACACCUCGUUUAGUGGUCAUCUAGGGGUCAAGAAGACUAAGGAUAGGGUGCAGGGCCGGUUCUUUUGGCCCUGA